CCUUUCCGAUUGCCUCACUUGUGACUGCCAGCACGCUAUUCUGUGCAAAGAGCGCUUCGCCACUCUUGAAUCUAGGAUGAAUGACUACUGCAAGCGGUCAGAAUGCCGUUGUGGACAAAGCACUUGGUGCCGAACCAAGUCCUUCUUGAAGCGAGCAUUGUCAAUGGGGUCGCGAAGGAAGUCCCAGCCUACCCCUGGAAAUAAUCAAGAAGGGACACCUGAGUGGCCCGGAGAAGCUUAUGCCGAAGAGGAUGACGACAUUCGACGGGCUCAUGAACUUGAACUCUUACAGCACCCUGUUGAGCUUUUUGGCAACGACCAUCGACAAUAUGAAUUGGCCGCCCAACGCUGGACCGCCUUCUACCCGAGGCGGUGGGCUGCUUAUUCCUGCCCGUCCGCUUCAUAUGCGCCGGUCUCUACAGGCUGUCACGCUGGUGUUACCAUGUCUUAUCCCGCCGCUUCUUUUCAAACUUCAGAACAGGCUCGCCCCAUCUUUGAACUGCCUGGUCAACCAUUUCACCAUAUGCAACCGAUGACCCCCCAAUAUACGGCGAGCCCGUCUCCCCGGUCACCCACUGGCGUCUCGCUCGUAAGCGAGUCGAUUGUAUCAACCCGAGACAACCACUCUUUUGUCUCGCCGCAGACAUCAGUAUCCAGCGGUUCCACGGACUUGUCUACAUCUCCCACUGUGGUGGAUUGCCGCGUUCCUCUCUUCGCCGAUUGCACGACUGAGUCUCCUGUCGAAUAUGGUCAAGGUGACGGCAGCAUAGCUCCUUGGGAUAGCCAUCGUGUCGUGGCGCAACCGGGCUCCUGGGAUUCAACAACGACUGUCGCGGAACUCCCCGGCAGCAUUCCCCCAAUUGCGCCAGAAACAGGCUUAUGGCUGCCGGCAGCCGAGCUCGCAGAAGUCGCAAAGGCCACACCACAGUUGACACAGGGGAAGGCUCUCCCAGACUUUGUACCGUACCCUAUUUCCUCGCCAUCAAACCCUUUAGUAGGGGAAAGGGAAUUACGGAUACCAUGUGACGAAAGCGCAAGUCAAGUCACGGGAAACAUGUUGUCACAGGUUCCGGACCUGUCUAUCAGCAGCACAAGCCAUUCUAUCGACCUGGAGAAUCUUAGUAGUAUCUUUUCCAAACUGCGCAGGACCCCGAUCUGGGGUAGCGCGGGCAUGGGGUGGCUGCUCGAGGUGUCGGACGAAGACGCUCUCUUGGCUGGGAUCGACGAACUGGAAAGAAUCCGACAGGGACAGGCGGGUGGUUCGGCCCAUUCAAGAUUGUGCUUCGCCCAUUUAGUCCUAUCCAUGGCUGCUGAGAGGGGGAAAAUCCUUCUCGAUUCCUGUCGCACGCUCCAGCAAGAAAUAGAAAAUUUUGUCAACGGAAAUGGCGAGUCUGACCCGCCUCAGUCCUUUUUGACUAUAUCCGGGGAAUUUCUCUACGCACUCCAUAGCCAGAUAGGCUCUGAGACUGGCAACCUCUGGCACCUAACCCCAGGCCUUGAGGAGAGACGACCCACCAUUCUCUCCCUCAUCUUUAUGAGGGCACAAUUUCAAGCCCGGAGCGCACAGCACGGACAUGAUCUGCAACAGCGUGGCGUCGAGGUGCGGCAGAACUCGUGGAACUCGACAGCCAGCACUGUCCUCGACGUGGUUCUACCGGGCGAAGAUCCGGGUGUAGUGCCUGAGGGAACAUCCACCCCCUCCGCGACUCAUGCUGCAUCAGACCUUCCAAGCCAGCAAAGAGUGGCGGCUCGUAACAAAACACCAUCACGUCUGAAGCGAGCUCAAAGGGAGUUGAUGGGCUGUGGACCAUGCAAUUUUUUCCCAGCCAAGGGGCCAGAUCAGCGCAAAAAGCUAGAGAAACACAAAAAGACCGACAAGCAUCGGAGGAAGACCAACCAACUAGGUGCGGGUGAGCGAUUUCGGUGCCCCAGUUGCCCAAAGAGCUACAACCGGAGAGACAACAUGAGGGAGCAUCAUAAAACCCACUUGCUCUUGCUGGAACUGUCACUGGCAGAGGGGCAGGAUGGGAGAAUGUCAUGACGCGUGUAAGAGACGGUUAUGAGGGCUUUGAGGCAGUCAUUGUCAUCCAGCAGGUCACUUUUGCAGGUGGUUUGUGCUAAGGGGUAAACAGAGUAUGGUUGAUUGUUAUGUGCUGGUACCAGUCUAGCUUCUGGCAGGCUACUCCGGAGUGCAUUAGAUUAGAG